AUGGAUAGCGUUAAACCUGAGAUAAUUCUACUGCAAGAAACAAAGUUGUGUGUUGGUCGUGAGGAUGUGCUACAUGGCAGGCUACGGGCUAGGGGAUUAGACAUGGUUUUUGUGUCAACCAUACAAGCAACAAGAGGUUUAGUUUUAUUGUGGCGUAAGGAUCGUUUUUCAUGCAUGCGGGUAAUUUAUGGGUAUAGUUUAGGUGUGGUGGAUAGUACGAAAGUGUAUGUGGUGUGUAAUGUCUAUGGGCCUCAUGAUGUGGCCAGCCGAGCUGAAAUAUUUCGGAAGAUUGGCGGUGCGUUGGAUGGAGUAGUGGGUCGGUUGGUGGUGGGGGGAUACACGAGAUUGAAUGAUGGGGAGCGUCGUGGAGCAGGAGGGGAUACGGCAGAUGGGUUGUGGAGUAGACUUGAACGUAACCUGAUUAAUGAGGAUGCGCUUUUGAGUUUUGAUGGUGUACCUCAAGUGGCUCAAGACUGGGGACAAUCUGAUCAUAGAGCGGUGCUUUUGAAAUGGGGUGUAAAAGACUUUGGGCCUAAACCUUAUACAUUCUAUAAUUACUGGUUGAUGGAGGAUGGAUUGAAGGAGAUGGUGAAGGACUGGUGGGGCUCUAAUGUUGUGUCAGGAUGGUCUGGGUUUGUGGUAAUGCAUAAAUUAAGGGGCUUAAGAGGGCGUAUAAGGGAGUGGUAUAAGGACAGGGGCCAUGGGGUCAACUAG